AUGAAUAAUAAAUUAAAAUUUACUAUUCCCAUUGUGGUUUGCGGCGGCGCUGUACUUGCAUAUUACCUCAUCAGGCGAAAAGCCGCAGCAAUGUGUGACGCCGCAACCCUCGAGAAAUUGGAGGCUGGUUUCAGCAAGCUUCAGGGCUCUGACUCCAAGUCACUGCUGAAGAAGUACCUCACGAGGGAGGUGUUCGACGCUCUUAAGAACAAAAAGACCUCGUUCGGCUCAACCCUUUUGGACUGCAUUCAGUCGGGUAUUGAGAAUUUGGACUCUGGUGUUGGAAUCUACGCCCCCGAUGCUGAGGCAUAUACAGUGUUCGCGGACCUGUUCGACCCCAUCAUCGAGGACUACCACAAUGGCUUCAAGAAGACUGACAAGCACCCGCCCAAGAACUGGGGCGAUGUUGAGACUCUCGGCAACUUGGACCCCGCCGGCGAGUUCAUCGUCUCCACCCGUGUACGUUGUGGCCGCUCUAUGGAAGGUUACCCCUUCAACCCCUGCCUAACUGAAGCCCAGUACAAGGAGAUGGAAGAGAAGGUUUCUUCCACCCUCUCUGGUCUCGAGGGCGAACUUAAGGGUACCUUCUACCCUCUCACUGGCAUGUCGAAGGCUACCCAGCAGCAACUGAUCGACGAUCACUUCCUCUUCAAGGAGGGUGACCGUUUCCUGCAGGCCGCGAACGCGUGCCGAUUCUGGCCCACCGGCCGUGGUAUCUACCACAACGAGAACAAGACCUUCCUCGUUUGGUGCAAUGAGGAGGACCACCUUCGUAUCAUCUCCAUGCAGAUGGGCGGUGACCUGAAACAGGUCUACAAGAGGCUAGUGACCGCCGUCAACGACAUCGAGAAGAGGAUCCCCUUCUCGCACAACGACCGCCUUGGUUUCCUGACCUUCUGCCCCACGAACCUGGGAACGACUGUCCGUGCGUCCGUGCACAUUAAGCUGCCCAAGUUGGCCGCUGAUAAGGCGAAGUUGGAGGAAGUGGCCAGCAAAUACCACUUGCAGGUCCGCGGAACUCGUGGUGAGCACACUGAGGCUGAGGGUGGAGUGUACGACAUCUCUAACAAGAGGCGCAUGGGUCUCACCGAGUACGAUGCCGUGAAAGAGAUGUACGACGGCAUCGCUGAACUGAUCAAAAUUGAAAAGUCCCUGUAA